UUUUUUCUCGUUAUUUUAUAAUAAAAAUCGAAAUUUAUCAAUGAGCGGAAGAUUCAUUUUUGCCAUAAAAAUAUUUAUAUGAACCUAAUCUUUCUUUUAAAUAGGUUUUUUCCAAACACUUUAAUAUUCAUUUAAAAUUCAUUUGAAUCCAUGCCCUUUUGUUCAGGAUACCCAAUGUCGGAGAAUGUCUUUAGGGAAUCGUGAAUUAACGUCGAGUGAUGCUGUAUGUGUUCAGUAUCGAUCGGCGUAUGCCUGUCUGUGAAUGUAGAUAUGUGUGUGCACGAAAUGUCGCGCCGGCGCUUUUAUUGCCAAAAAUCACGCAUGAACUUCAGAAAACCGCGAGGGAAUGGUCGAUUAGUAGUCGGCGUGACAGGGAAACUCGUUCAACAGCCGUGCAUCGCAUUAGGGUGUUACAACCUCAUACCGAAGCAACUUGGAGUCGUCACAGAUAGUUCCGGACUGUUUAGGCUUUACUGCAUGUCGCGAUAAAUCGGCGUGCUCGACGUGAAACCUGUUUACUCGGUAAUAUUCGAGGAGGGUACGAUAACAAGUGUGCGUAUACGUGUGUACGUAUAUUUACGAUAUCGCGAAGGAUAGAGCUUGCAGUUAGGUCCAAGAUCGAUAGCACGGGAAAUAGAUUAUUAAUCAAUUCCGUUAGGGACGCAUCGCACGCAGCAAAUUAACGCGCCACGUGAGGGAGAGAAAAGGAUUUAAUGGAGCAGGCGGAAACGGGACGAUCUGCUCUUUAACCGGGUCACUUUUGUUUCCUUAUCUGCUCCUGACGGGAAGAAACGAUGGACAUCCAAUUCCCGUUAUCAGGCGCGACGAUUCUUUCUCUUAAUACAUUUUUCUUUAAUCUCGCCUCUUCCCCGUUAUUAGACCGAUUUAAUUAAGCAACGAUACCGAUCGCCGACAUCCGCAAUGAAUGAUAAUCUUCUUGAUAAACAGCUGUUCAUUAAUUAAUUACUAAAACAGAGUGUUUUUCGCCCGGUUGCCGACUAAAAUCUCCUGUCCCGCCGUUAAUUAUUACGCCUGGUAGUAUAAUACAACAUCAAAAUGCGAACGCAUUACGUAUGCCAUAGGCAAUUAAUAUUUUCGUAAUAAGCGUAAGAUUCUGCCUCUGUCUGAUACAUUCGCCACUAGCUAACUUCACGCAUCGGGGGGUCCCGCUUUACUGCCGUGUAUUCUUCGUGUAUAUAUAAAAAAAAAAAGAAAGUUGUGGUUAUAGCUUUUUUAUGAAGUCCAGCUUCAGCGAGUGGAACGUUGAAGUACCUAAGUUAUUCUUGACAUUUUUAUAUUCUUAAUGGUCAUUAUUAAAUAUUUUUGUCUUACCGCUAUAUAAAAAUAUAUGAAAAAAAUUAUUUCAACAUUAAGAGCUUAAUUAGUAAAUUUUGUCGGGGGAAGUUAUCUUGGUGAAUUAAGUGAUUUUAGGAGAGAAAGACGGCGUAUGUCUCAUUUAUAAAAUUUAAAGCCCUCUAGAUUUGCGCGAGAAAAAAAAUUUUUUACUUUAUAAUUAUAAUAAAACGAAUUCAGCGAAGAAAAAGGAAAGAGAAUUGCAUUUCGACGAAACGAGGCGUGUGGCCCGAAGAGGAAACAAUAUAUUUCAAUACAGUUAUCUUUCUCGAAGGUGAUUUUUAAUUCCCGAUUCUCGUGACUCUCUCGUGCCCUUCUCGACAUUCCAGCCUUUCCUCCGACGUCCCAUGCGACAUGUAUCGAAUGACGCAGAUGCAACGGUGCAACGAUGCAAUUUUUUAAUUGAUACGUCCACCAACGACGUAUUUUCGAGCGCUACUACUAAAGCGUGGGAUUAAAAGGCGGAAUAUGUGAUGAUAAAAAACCAGCUUGCAGAAAGGAGAGAAAGAGAAAGAAGGAGAAUCGCUGUCUGGACAUUGGGCUCCGCCCCUUCGAAUUCCGAUGCGAAAAAACGGAGCUUUUUUGGCAUAAUUACGGCGUGUGACGACGACGCAAUUAUGAAGGCCCAAAUAUACUUCGUUUUCAACAAGAAGAUAUUGUGAAGAUAUCUUGAAGGCGUCAGUCGCGAUCAGCCUUACUUGUUGUGUUGUACGCAACCUUUGCGGAAACUCGCGCAACCUCAAGACUUCUGAUUCUUCCGGGAAAGGAAACACCCCUGCGAGUUUGAAACCGGGUUACCCGGAACCCGCACGGGGGAGGGAGAAACUAAGAAGGUUCACGCGAGCCUGGACGAACGUAGACGAUCGAUCGAUUACCUCCUUGGAGGAAAAGGAGAAGGCGGAAGAGGAGAACAACAAGAGCGCGGAAUAAUCCAGAGUGUUUUUCUCAUAGGGGAAGAAUCGCAUUGCUUUUAAUCCGCAGUCUACUAAUUACUGCCUUUGAGAAGCCCAAACAAUCGAACGCGAACGAGGCCGUGUGGGUAGGCGAGGAAAAAGUGGACGAAGGAGAAUAGGGACAAGCUCGCAGGGUCGACUAUCAAUCGUCGAUCAAUCAAAGAAAACGAAAGUGGUGGUCGGGGCGGCACGUGGGGAUAAGGUCGGGAACGUUCAACGGGAGGCUUUCAAACGCGCGGUGUUCAAUGAGACAAGGAGAUGAAGACGAGGAAGUCGCUGCUGCCGAUCGUUCUGUUGUGCGUGACGAUGGUGGGCCUGGCGCUCUGCCAGGAGAAAAGGUGGCCGAAAGCGGGUACGAAGUACCGAGAUAAAAGUGCCAAGGGCAAAUACGAUCCUGAUUACGCGGACAGGACUAAGGAGGAGGACUCUGAAGAGGAGCUUUACAAUGAUCGGAGCUCGGCGGCUACUGGUUACUACGAGUCUGGAUCUUUCGAUACCUCGGCCGUUUACAGGAAUAACAGAGCGAUCGAUACCUCCAGAUCUACGGAUAUCGGGUCGAAAAACAGUCAGCAGUCUAGUCAAUCGUCGAAUCUGCCCAAAUCGCAUACGAAAUCGAGCGAAGAGGUAGGACGAGAGAAAGGACGAAGGCACAAGAAUAUGACAAUCGGAGACGGUAUCUGUCAGAGCAUAGAUAUCAGAAACAGUGUUGACACUUUCGCGGUAUUAAAAGACUGCCGUGUGAUCGAGGGUUUUCUGCAAAUCGUAUUGAUCGAAAACAACACUGAGGCGGAUUUCGAGAACGUUAGCUUCCCGGAGCUGAGAGAGAUUACCGGUUAUUUUCUUUUAUAUCGCGUGGAAGGUCUGAGAAGUCUCAGUAAACUCUUCCCAAAUCUCGAAGUCAUCAGAGGCGAUAUACUUCUCACGGACUACGCUUUCAUGAUUUAUGAAAUGAAGAGCAUGCAGGAGAUCGGCCUCAUCAACCUGACAAAGAUAUCCCGGGGUGGCGUGCGCAUAGAGAAGAAUCCCGCUCUCUGCUUUACAAAUACCGUGAAUUGGAGUCUCAUUGUUUCAGCCGGCGAGAACUUCAUCAAAGAUAACAGAAACGAACAGAGUUGCCCGCAUCAUGUGAAAGGAUGCUCUCAAUGUCCUGGCAGUUAUUGCUGGACUGCCCAACGUUGUCAAAAGUUAGAGAGACCAAAGUGUCAUGAACAAUGUCUCGGGGAAUGUUACGGUCCAAGUGAUACCGAAUGUUACGUCUGUAAGCAUUAUCGACACGAGGGAAGAUGCAUUGAAAGCUGUCCCCCAAAUUUAUACGCAUAUCUCUCGAGACGGUGCAUCAGCAAGGACGAAUGCCAAAAUAUGAAUCAUAUCAGAAGAUUUUCUAAAUUGGAGGAGAUACAAACAUGGCGACCUUUCAAUAAUUCCUGUGUCACUCAAUGUCCUGAUGGUUUUGAGGAUUACGUUGAUGACAAAAAUAUAACGAAUUGUCGGGUUUGCAAAGGACAGUGCCGUAAAAUCGCAAAAGGUGCUAUUAUACGCCAUAUUUCAGAUGCUCAAAGUUUUCGCGGUAUAACGGUAGUUAAGGGGGCUCUGGAAUUUCAAAUUAGAAAUGGUAAUCCAAAUAUAAUGAAUGAAUUGGCGGAUGCAUUCGGUUUAAUCGAGGAGAUAACCGAAUAUUUGAAGAUAACGCAUUCUUUCCCGAUCACAUCGCUGAACUUCUUCAAGAAGCUGAAAGUGAUCAAAGGUGAAAAUUUAGACAUUAACAAUGCGAGUUUCGUGGUUCUGGAUAAUCCGAAUCUCUCUUCCCUCUUCCCGCUAUCCCAAAAAAUAACGAUAGAAACCGGCAGGCUGUUCUUUCAUUACAAUCCCAAGCUCUGUCUCUCCAAGAUAGAGCAGUUCGGUAAAAUGGUGAAUAUCACUAACUUCACAGAUCUUGAGGUCCAACCAGAGUCAAAUGGUGACAAAGUUGCUUGUAAUAUCGUUAACAUAAAUAUCACGGUGAAAAAGCGAGAGGCGGAUCACGUCAUUCUGAGUUGGGACAGUUAUAAGCCACCAGAAGGCCAACAGCUGCUCAACUAUCUGCUAAGUUAUAUAGAGACCGAUAACGAAAAUAUAACGUACGAGGCGAAUGCUUGCGGUAAUAACACGUGGCAGAUAGUGGAUGUUGGUAUACCGAGUUGGAAUUCCACUGUUUCGAAGUAUAUCACGAACUUAAAACCAUAUACCAAGUAUGCCGCGUAUGUGAAAACGUUCACAACAAGGAACAAGAAUUCUUCAAGUUCCUUUGUAACUCCAGUGGGUCAGUCGAACAUUAUCUUUUUCCGAACGAAGAGCGCGAUACCUUCGGUGCCGACGAACGUAAGCUCGAUCGCAAUAAGCGACAGCGAAAUUCUACUCAAAUGGGGUCCACCGGUGUAUUCGAACGGUCCUAUAGGCUACUAUAUGAUCUCCAGCACGAUUCGACUGGACGAUAAGGAACUAAUCGCCUCGAGGGAUUACUGUGUCGAUGCUUUGGUCAACGAAGCAAAGGAGAUACACGAAGUGACAAUUAAGACGUCGCUGAUCACGAAUCCUAAUUCCUGCUAUUUCAAGGACGCGAAGACUUCUAAGCAAUUUGAAAUAUUCUGCCACAAGAAUAUGACUAUUAGCCAUUUAUCGCCCGGCUGGAAGGAUUAUUGCGUUUUUAAUGACUACAAUUCACCGGAGAGUAAAUUUUAUGAUGUGACGAACAAUUUAUCCACUUCAACGCAGGAAGGGCAGAAAACUGCGACAGAUGUUUCGGUUAACGCUGGUAACAGCAUCACGAGUAGUCAAUUGAAUGAUGAGAUGUACAUAUACAACGUAAGUGCGCAAAAUACUUCAUAUGUUUUGAAAAACUUGCGUCAUUAUUCUUUAUAUACCAUCACAAUUGCUGCGUGUGGUGUCAAAGACAGCGACGCACCAAUGUGCUCAACAAUUCAAUAUGCGAACGUCCGGACGUUGAAACGAUCAAACGCGGAUGAUGUUCACAACGUGAAAGUCUAUGUGACUAACAAUACGAUAAUCGAAGUCAUCUGGGAAUCAGUUAAGGAUCCAAACGCAUUCACUGUCUCGUACACUAUCGAGUACACAAAUAUGGAUGUAAAGGAUGCGAAAAAGAGUACCGAGUGCAAACCAUACAUUGGGCACAGGGAAAAAUAUAUCCAUCAUUACAUCAAAAACCUCAGUCCGGGUAGAUAUAGCCUGAGAAUGCGUUCCACAUCGCUAGCGGGUGAUGGUUAUUUCACCAAUACAAUCUAUUUCUCAGUCGGUUUAUCGGAUAACAGUCGAAUAAUGAUGGCAACGCUGUUGACUUUAGCUGUGUUAAUCAUUACUGUGACCGCGAUAAUAUUCCUUAUUAGAAGUCACCAGAAGAAGAGGACACAGGAGCGAUUGAUAGCCAGCGUGAAUCCAGACUAUAUCGAGACCAAGUAUGUCGUUGAUAGCUGGGAAGUACCUAGGGAGAAUGUUGAGAUUCUGGAGGAGCUCGGUUUGGGUAAUUUCGGCAUGGUGUAUCGAGGAUACUUGGAUGGCACCGGACAAGUAGCCAUUAAAACGAUCUCUGAAACCGCUAGCCAACGAGAAAAGAACGAGUUCCUGAACGAGGCCUCGGUCAUGAAGAACUUUUCGACAUGGCAUAUCAUCAAAUUGCUGGGCGUAGUCUCCAUGGGCAAUCCGCCAUUCGUCAUCAUGGAGCUCAUGGAGAAUGGCGAUUUAAAGACGUACCUGCGUAGGAUACGCGAUACUCAGAUGGUGCCGAAUGCGUCCAGGAUAAUGAGAAUGGCCGCGGAAAUCGCCGACGGUAUGGCCUACCUGGAAUCAAAGAAAUUCGUACACCGCGAUCUGGCCGCCCGCAAUUGUAUGGUGUCCAAAGACCUGGUCUGCAAGAUCGGCGACUUUGGCAUGGCGAGAGAUAUCUACGAAACCGAUUACUAUAAGAUCGGCAAGAAAGGUCUAUUGCCGAUACGCUGGAUGGCACCAGAGAAUCUUUCCGAUGGUGUAUUCACAUCCGAUUCAGAUGUGUGGUCAUUUGGUGUCGUGCUCUACGAGAUACUCACUCUCGCCGAGAUACCGUAUCAAGGUUUCUCGAACGAGGAGGUGCUGCAUCACGUGUUACGCAAAGGCAUGCUGAACAUACCACGGAACUGUCCCGAAACCAUACAGAAGCUCAUGGAGAAGUGCUUCAAGUGGCGGCCCAGCGAACGCCCGACCUUCAUGGAAAUUGUUUCUGAGUUGGAACCGUUUCUGGGCCAGGACUUUUGCGAGAAGUCGUUUUACCACUCCGACGAGGGCAUCGAAAUACGUAGCCUCGGCAUCAAGAAGGUCUAUCACAAUGCUGCGCCGAUUCGAUUUCAUUGGGGCCACGAGACCGCGAGAUGGGUGAAGGACUUCGAGGACAAUGUGACGUUGCUCGAUCAGAUGAAAGCGGGCACCAGCCGAGGACGGAUCUUCAAGAACGGCUUCCAGCACUUCGGUAAUGUAACGAACUUCGAGGAUGUUCCGCUCGAUCGAUGAGAUUAGUCGGUAUACCGUUGAGCGGGAAAACUCAGCGGAAUGAGAUGUAACUGCUUGAAACCGUCUUUGAGAUCAUAAAAUCCGCGGAAGGACAUGUAGAUAUUAACGUACAAACAAUACUCAGGGCAAUACGCGAGUGGUCUGACGAGACUGUCGGACGAAAAUAUGUAGAUGUUACCAAGUCGCUCGCACGCUCGUUCGCUCACUUGCUCGCUCGCUCGCUUGUUCGUUCGUUCGUUUGUUCGUUCGCUGGCGUGGCGACAAGUGUUUCAUGUCCUUCUCUUGUUGUGAAUUAAACAUAAUCAGAUCUUGACGGUGAAUAGCAAUGCAGAGAGAAAACUUCGCUGCGCGCACCGUUGCGACGGUGUAUGGAAAAGAUGGUGUUCGUAAUAAAAGCUAAGCUAUUGAACAAUUAGGUAAAUAAACGUAGGCGCGCAGUGUUUCAUAAUCGAAAGCCGUGGCUUUAUAGAUCCAUAUUUUUUUUUUCCUAAAUACGCCCGAAGUUCUUUCUGCAAUGUAUCAACUGUUCAUUCCUUUCAGGAUUACUUUUCUUUGUCUUUUAUAUGGGCAUAUAAGUUAGUCCUGAAGCAACUAUUCUCGAAUCUUGCUCGAGCUUUAACAAUAUUUAUAAAAUCACAAGGUUGAUAAAAAUUUAAUU